AUGGCCCGGAAAAAGGUGAAACUAGCAUUCAUAGCCAACAAUUCUAAAAGGAAGACAACAUACAACAAAAGGAAGCAGUCACUGCUGAAGAAAACGGAGGAACUCAGCACCCUUUGUGGCAUUGAAGCAUGUGCUAUAGUUUAUGGCCCCAAUGAUCCUCGGCCAGAGAUUUGGCCAUCUGAAUCGGGUGUCAUAAAUGUGCUGGGAAAGUUCAAAAGUAUGCCUCAAUGGGAGCAGACCAAGAAGAUGGCGAACCAAGAGCGUUUCAUUGCAGAUAGCAUCGUGAAGGGUAAAGAGAAAUUGAAGAAGCUUGCGGAUGAGAACAAGGAGAAGGAAAUGUCCUUGUUCAUGGUUCAGUGGCUUAAAACAGGGAAAGUUCAGCCUGAACAUAACAUGACCAUGGCUGAUUUCAAUGUUCUUUCAUCGAUGAUUGAUCAAAAUCUAAAGGACAUUGCUAAAAAGAUGGAAAUGCUGAAUGUUAAUGAGGUGAUACCAAACCAACCCCAGAUGCAAACCCCAGCGUUCCAACCCGAUAUACCAACCUCAUCAUUCGAACCCCAGAUGCAAAAUCCAUCAUACCAACCCCAGAUGCAAACACCAGCAUUCCAAACCCUGAUGCAAGCACCAGCAUUGGUAGCAUACCAACCCCAGAUGCCAACACUAACACCUGAAGAAAUGACACUGCUGAAUAAUGGCUAUGGGUCCGAUAUGAAUGCUAAUCCCAUGCAAAGCCAGGGAUUUAUGGACUGGCUUAAUGGUAAUGGGGAUGACUAA